GGACUUUCCUUCUCAUCCGGGCCAGCGUUGCCAGCCCCGUGUUUCCUGCGCUAAUGGCUGACCGCAUUUGAGGGAACAGGUAGAGCUGCAGAUAAACAGGUGCUCAUUGUCAAGGACAAUUCUUGGAACUUGAAUUUUUCCACAUCACACAAUGUCGAAGUUAAAAAGUUCUGAAUCAGUGAAGGUGGUUGUGCGAUGCAGGCCAAUGAAUGAGAAGGAAGUUUCAGGUGGCUACGAAAGAAUUGUUCACAUAGAUGUAAAACUGGGUCAGAUUGUAGUGAAAAAUCCCAAAAGCAGUCCAAGUGAAUUACCUAAGACGUUUACAUUUGAUGCUGUGUAUGAUCACAAUUCUAAACAAGUAGAAUUGUAUGAUGAGACUUUUCGACCUCUUGUGGAAUCAGUUCUGUUGGGUUUCAACGGGACAAUUUUUGCUUAUGGACAAACAGGAACUGGGAAAACUUAUACCAUGGAGGGAAUCCGUUCAGAUCCAGAAAGAAGAGGUGUUAUCCCAAAUUCCUUUGAACACAUAUUCACACAUAUAUCUCGUUCACAAAAUCAGCAGUAUUUGGUUAGGGCAUCAUAUUUGGAGAUUUACCAGGAGGAAAUAAAAGAUUUGCUAGCAAAAGAUCAAACUAAGAGACUGGAGCUUAAGGAAAGACCAGACACAGGUGUUUAUGUCAAAGACCUGUCAUCUUUUGUAACAAAAAAUGUGAAAGAAAUUGAACAUGUCAUGAAUGUUGGCAAUCAAAAUCGAUCUGUUGGUGCCACAAACAUGAAUGAACACAGCUCGCGUUCCCAUGCCAUCUUUGUUAUAACAGUUGAGUGUAGUGAAGUUGGACUUGAUGGCGAGAACCAUAUUCGUGUUGGAAAGUUGAAUUUAGUAGAUCUUGCUGGCAGUGAACGACAGGCUAAAACUGGAGCCCAAGGAGACCGGUUAAAAGAAGCAACAAAGAUUAACCUUUCUCUCUCAGCAUUGGGUAAUGUGAUAUCUGCACUUGUGGAUGGUAAAAGCACUCACAUUCCCUACAGGGAUUCAAAGCUAACUCGGUUACUUCAGGACUCAUUGGGAGGGAAUGCCAAAACUGUAAUGGUUGCAAAUAUUGGUCCUGCGUCUUAUAACUGUGAAGAGACUCUUACAACACUAAGAUAUGCAAAUCGUGCAAAGAACAUUAAGAAUAAGCCUCGAGUAAAUGAAGAUCCCAAAGAUGCACUUUUGAGGGAGUUCCAAGAAGAGAUAGCUCGGCUGAAAGCUCAGCUGGAGAAACGAGGUGUGGGGAAGCGAAAGAAGAAGAAUCGCAAGAGGCAGGGAGGUGAAGGGGAGGACGAUACAGAGGAAGAUGAUGGAGAAGAUGAUGAAGGGAUUAAAAAUGAACCUGAAUAUUGGAGGGCCCAGCAGGAAAAGCUGGAGAGAGAGAAGCGAGCCAUUUUAGAUGACCAUAGCUUAGUGGCUGAAGAAAAACAGAAGUUACUGCGUGAAAAGGAGAAAAAGAUGGGAGAUGUGCGGAGGGAGAGGGAAGCCUCUGAGGCACUUGCUACCAAGAUUAAGGCUAUGGAAAGCAAGCUUCUAGUUGGAGGGAAAAAUAUUGUUGAUCACACAAAUGAACAGCAGAAGGUUCUGGAACAGAGACGUCAAGAAAUUGCAGAGCAGAAACGACGUGAGCGUGAGAUGCAGCAGCAAAUGGAGACUCAAGAUGAGGAGACUCUGGAGUUAAAGGAGACAUUCAGUUCCCUCCAGCAAGAAGUAGAUUUUAAGACUAAGAAGCUAAAGAAGCUAUAUGCUAAGCUUCAGGCAGUAAAGGCCGAAAUUGAUGACCUGCAAGCAGAACACAUUAAAGAACGGCAACAGUUGGAACAAACUCAGAAUGAACUCACAAGGGAACUCAAACUGAAGCACCUUAUAAUUGAGAACUUCAUACCUUUGGAAGAAAAGAAUAAAAUAAUGAACAGAGCUUGUUUUGAUGAUGAAGAGGACCAAUGGAAGACCCAACCUAUCACACGAAUUGAAGGAAAUCAGCAGAUGAUGAAACGACCUGUAUCAGCAAUUGGAUACAAGCGGCCACUUAGCAGCUAUGCAAAAAUGGCUCUGAUAUCAAGAUCAGACCCUAGGUACAGGGCUGAAAACAUCUUACUAUUAGAACUGGACAUGCCCAGCCGAACUACGCGGGAUUAUGAGGGACCUGCCAUUGCUCCAAAGGUACAGGCUGCACUGGAAGCGGCCCUGCAGGAUGAAGAUGAGAUUCAAGUAGAUGCCUCUACCUUUGACCCUCUUAGAAGUGGCAGUGGUAGAAAAUCUAAAUCCAGCAGGCCUAAAACUGGGAAGAAAAUGGGUCCUUCUUCACCUGGGUCUGGAACCCAGCUCUACCCACAGUCUCGUGGCCUUGUUCCCAAAUAAUUUUGUUCUCAAGAAGAUUAUAUAAUUUGCCAGCCGGGAAACAGCAAGAAGAGAUGAGUAAGCUUCAUCUCCAGGUCUCAUUUGCAUCUGGCCUUUUGCAGAUCAGAAGUAUUAUUUCAGUUGAAAUUAAAGUUAUAUUUGUAUUUUUUUUAGCGUGAACCAUUCCAUUUUUAGACAAAUACUGCACUUGCUCUAUACCCAAUUUAAUUUGACAAAAUUGUCUGUUUCACAAAAUAAUCAAAGUGGAUAGUGCCACUGCUUGCUGCUAUGGAAACACAUUAUCUGAUUAUAUAUAUCUAUCAAAAGAAUACCUCACAUUUUAUGAGGAAGCUUGUUGUAUUUAAAUAUUUCUUAAAACUGAUGAAUAACUUUGUCUUUAAUUUAUUAGGUUUUCUUGUUGAAAAGCAGAAUGUAGAUAGAACAGAUUUGAACAUUUGUUACUAUAUAGUUGAUAUUUUUCAUACACAUUUUUAUUAAUGUUUAAUGUUAAGUACUAAUGAUUUCUUUUCAGGACUGUUAAAUAACAGCUUCCCAGUGGUCUGUCAAAAUAAUACAUGGUUGGUAAUAGUUGUGUACUUGGAUUUGGCUAUUAAACAUCCACCUAAAUUUUAUUAAUAUAGCUCAGCCUUGUAUAAAGAUCGCAGUUUCUCUAAAAUAUGUUUUAAGAAGUACAAAUUUCAAACUUUUAAACAAACUGUAAACAUUGCAGCUGAUUUCAGCAGUGGAGAUGCCAUUACAGAGUAAAUAUGCUUCAACUUUCUAGAAACUCCUGGUAUGAUAUCUAAACUAUUCAAAUGUGGGUUCUGACUAUGAAUAUUAUUUGUAAAUCAACAUAAAACUUGAAAUAAAAUGUAGACAGUCCAAUUUUAAAUUGCCAAGUCAGUGUCUGGCUUAAAAUCUAGCUGGGACAAAAUGUAUCAUGCUAUGAUCACUUCUCUGCUUGUUGAAACGUGAUGUUGUUGCAUAAUUACACAUUUUGUCUUGUUCCAUCAAAUAUUGUUGUGCAGAAAAUUACUGAUAUUACUCAAAAGUAUAAAUUGCUGUGAAAAUGUAUGUUGCAAAUUUUGCGUUUGAGCCUGUUAACACCGUGCCUUUUUUUGAUAAAGUUGCUGAUCAGGAUGUAGCUGAUUAUCUACAUGCAAGUUAUUAGUGAAGAUUUUUAAUACAGAUGAAACUUUACAAAAUACCCCUGUGAAACAUGCAACAGUUUGUGUUUUGAGAUUGUUUUAGUUGGCAUCUUUUGCAUUUUGAAGUUUUAGAAUUGAAAUAGUUGAUUGGUUUGAAGGCGCAUUCUCCAAAUAAGUCCAUAUCGUAGGUCCAAUUUAAAAGUAACAUUAAAAAAUUGCAAUGUGAAAUGAGACAAUUAACGGUUUAAUAGUGCACUGAGGCAAUUAGUGCUAUUAAACCAUAUUUAACAUGAAAAGGAUGUGUUUAAAUUUCUACUUGUGGCAGGACUCCUGGAGAGAAAAGCCUUUUGAAUUGUUUUCUCCAUUAAAAUAGUUGUACUCAUUUUGAAGUGUAUAUUAGAGAUAUUUAAAAUUUAAUAUGACUUUUGACUGGUUUGUCACCAUCUUGGUCUUUUUUGACCAUCUUGUAUUAAUUAUUUUUCUUUCAUCAGGAAGUUAAUGUAGCCCAGCUACAUGUCCCCAUGAUGUGUAGUUUCCUCCUUAUAUAUUUGAUUCCAAGUUUCAACUUGAAAAUGUGGGCCUCCUUAUGCGCAGCGCAAAAUGGCACAUUACAGUCAUGGUCAGGGUAUGUGGAGAAAGUAGGCGUUUAUUUUCCUUUGUGAUUCAAAUGCUGAAAUCACUAGCUGAAUCUAGACAUUUAAAAUUUUAUUUGGCACUGAUUCCAAUGCCUUUAAAAUCUUAUUUGAGCAUUUCAGUAGUUCAUUAUUUUACAAACCUCUUAAGAAAACUGCAUUGAAAUAUAUUCGUAACUUUAGAGGAUUUUGUAUGUGUGAUUACUGUUCCAUUAAUUUUUUGUGUUUUGACUUUACAAAGUCAGCCUCAAUGCAAAAGGCAUUAUUUAUAUAGAGAAGCAGAACUGGAUGUGGUCGAGGAGAGGAGGUUAUGUUUGAAUAAAUAAUGGAAAGAAGGGGAGAACAACCUUGUGCAGCUCAAAUCAUAUUUUUAUCUGUGUUUCAACUUGCAGUAAGGCAGAUGUUUAUGUGACCAAAUUAUCAUCUUAAAUAAUUCUAAUGAAACUUGUUUUCUGUUCUGUGUUUAUUUAAAAUGUUAGCAUAGGCAAUUACAAUUAAUUGGAAGAUGAUUAAUAUUUCUGAAAUGCUUAUUACCAUUUACACUGCUAACAUCGUACAAAAAAGCAUGAGGCAUUAGUGAAUCAGUGGUAUAACAUAACACUAAUGUUUUGAUAAUGUUCAUUUAAUUCUAAACUGCAAACACUAUGAUUAAAUUUAAAGAGAUUUGAGUUAGUAAAUACUCAAGUCAUUAAACUGUCAUUCUUAUUUCCUGCUGGUAAGAAUUCCACAUUCACAGCAACUUCUAUUUUCUGAUUCUCUUAGAACUUUUGUCUCUGGCUACAUUCUGUGUGAAUAAAUAGUAUGCUUGUUACACAUGGUUUCAAAAUCCUCAGUAUUGACUUCCAGCCUAUCAAGGUUUUUUUUUGGUUUACCUCAAAAUUAUGUAGGCUGUUCCAGAAAUAUCCAUUUAAGUUAGAAUAAGAUAAUUAUAAUAUUAGAUGCAAGAAGUAGUCCUUGAAUAUUGAAGCAAAAAUAAAUGGCCAUAAUAUUUGUAAGCACUGCACUUUUGACAAAAUUUCAUUCUAAUACUGAUUUCCCAUGUUAACAUAAUUCUGCAGGAAGGCAAAUUUUUAUGAAAUGCACAUAAGACACAACAAAAUCCUGAAGUGAAAUGUAUAACGAUUUUAAAAGAAAUAUUCAUACAGUGCAGAAUUUUGAGUACCAAAUUUCUACAUUUAAAUUAUCUUUGCAUCUUUUCAUUAUGUAUUUGUUGAAAUUUUAAAAGCUUCCAUUCUGUUUGUAAAUGUAUAAUUACAACAUGCCAUGUAAAUGACCUGUAAUAAACUUUCUGAAACAAUUGCAACUUAAUCUUGAAUUUAUCU